AUGCAGAUAAAAGAUGAGGAACGCGAUGAAGAGGUUUCCCAACCUGAAGACAACGGGAUACCUAUUUAUAGCUCUCUAGAAAGUCUUCUAUUUAUUCCCAAAUCAAUGUCGAAAGAGCUCAGCGAGAAAGCGAUAAAAACUCAGGAGUUCCUGGAUAAAUGGAGUAAUAACCGGAGAAGAAUGGUCAGAAAAAUGGAAGAUAUUGCAGAAAAGCUUCACAACUGGGAGAAAGGAUGUGCGAUUUCCACUACAGUCGGAAGUUCUGUUGGAGUUGUUUCGGGUUUCGCUAUCAUCGGCGGAGUUGUUCUGAUGCCUCCUGUUGCUGUCGCAGGAUUAAUUGUUGGUACAGCUGCCGGUAUAUCAAACCUUGCAACCGGGAUCUCCAAAUGGAUGUUUUCAAAAUCACAGCACAAGGAACUGCUCGCAUUGAUUGAAGAAGAUGAAAGACUGUUUGAAGAACUUCUUGUUUCGAGACAAGAAUUAAUGGAAGCAGUGAAAAAGAUUGUGGAGGGAGAAGAGUUCUACAAGCACUUCAAAGAUGAUAAUGACAUGGAAAACAAACUUAAGACCAUUUUCGGUUUUUCUGUUUCGGGAAUCACUGGAUUAGGAGCCAGAUUUGCGAUCACAUCUAUGGGUCGUCUCUCCUCUUCACUCGCCAAGGGAGUUCUUCAUAGUGUCGCUGCCAUUGGAAUCAUACUUGAUAGUGUCACUCUAGUACUGAGUGCAAAGACUCUUCAAAGCGGAGCUGCAUCUGAGUUAGGAACCGAAGUCCUCGCGGUAUCCGGAAAGAUGGAAAUGAUUCGUCAAAAAGUAGUCAAGCACUUUUUGAAUGCAGACGUUUGGAACGAUGAAGAAGACGAUCAACUUUUGGACGUCGGGUCUAUCGAGAUUUUGAAUGCCGACUCUCCGCUACAACGUUAUUUGGCAACUACCUCCUCUGAACAACAAAAUGCUUGA